AUGGGCGUCCCUCAGCUCGGCCUAGUCGCGAUGACCCUCGUCCUCUGCGCCUUUGCGCUGCUCAUGUGCGCUUCUCAUUCCCGGAGACGGCGGCGCUGGCACGAGUGCUACGGUUUCUUCGAGGAAGAGCCCGUCAUAGAACUCCACAACGACGCCGUCAUCUUGGAGUCACGAGCGGACCGUGAAGACGGCAUGUUAAUGGGUGGUGGAGGAAACGAGGAACAAGCCGCCUCCGUGUGGCAGAAGAACAUUCUCAUGGGCGGUAAAUGUCAGCUGCCAGACUUUUCCGGGGUGAUAAUUUACGAUGCCGAUGGGAAAAUAGUCACCCCUCCUAAGACUCCUCGCCCUCUGUUACUCACAUGGAAGUGA